CACUUCUAGACUCUAGUCAGUUCUCACAACCAUCAACAUGAGAGAAAUCGUUCAUAUGCAAACUGGUCAAUGUGGUAACCAGAUCGGAGCUAAGUUCUGGGAAGUGAUCUCUGAUGAACAUGGUAUUGACCCAACUGGAACUUACCACGGUGAUUCUGAUCUCCAGUUGGAGAGAAUCAACGUUUAUUACAAUGAAGCUACCGGUGGUAAAUAUGUACCCAGAGCUGUUCUCGUCGACUUGGAACCUGGUACCAUGGAUUCUGUAAGAUCAGGACCCUUUGGUCAGAUCUUCCGACCAGAUAACUUUGUCUUCGGACAAUCUGGUGCCGGUAAUAACUGGGCUAAAGGUCAUUAUACAGAAGGUGCUGAAUUGGUAGAUUCAGUUCUUGAUGUAGUCCGUAAAGAAGCUGAAAGCUGUGACUGUCUACAAGGAUUCCAGUUGACCCAUUCUCUGGGUGGUGGAACUGGUUCUGAAUAUCCAGAUAGAAUCAUGAACACCUUCUCUGUUUGUCCUUCACCAAAGGUAUCUGAUACAGUUGUGGAACCUUACAACGCCACCCUCUCAGUUCAUCAAUUGGUAGAAAAUACAGACGAGACUUACUGUAUUGAUAAUGAGGCUCUAUACGAUAUCUGUUUCCGUACCCUCAAACUGACCACACCCACUUACGGUGACCUCAACCAUCUGGUAUCAGCCACAAUGUCUGGUGUGACCACCUGUCUCCGAUUCCCUGGUCAGCUCAAUGCCGAUCUCAGAAAGCUAGCCGUCAACAUGGUACCUUUCCCACGUCUUCAUUUCUUUAUGCCAGGAUUUGCUCCUCUCACCUCUCGAGGCUCCCAACAGUACCGAGCCCUCACUGUACCCGAACUCACUCAACAGAUGUUCGAUGCCAAGAACAUGAUGGCUGCUUGUGAUCCUCGUCAUGGUCGUUAUCUGACAGUAGCUACAAUGUUCAGAGGUCGUAUGUCCAUGAAGGAGGUAGAUGAACAGAUGUUGAAUGUUCAGAAUAAGAACAGCAGCUACUUUGUUGAAUGGAUUCCAAACAAUGUUAAAACUGCUGUUUGUGACAUUCCACCAAGAGGUCUGAAGAUGUCUGGAACAUUUAUUGGUAAUACGACAGCCAUCCAGGAACUGUUUAAGAGAAUUUCUGAACAGUUUACAGCUAUGUUCAGAAGAAAGGCUUUCCUCCAUUGGUAUACUGGUGAAGGUAUGGAUGAGAUGGAAUUUACUGAAGCUGAAUCCAACAUGAAUGAUCUGGUAUCUGAAUAUCAACAGUACCAGGAUGCUACAGCUGAAGAGGAGGGAGAAUUUGAUGAAGAAGAAGGGGAGCAAGAUGAAGCUUAAACAAAACGCAAAAUUUAUAUUUUAAUCGUUCUUAUUCUAUUUAUUAAAAUUGUUAUUUUCUCAGU